AAAUUCAAAUUGUCGCAAUAAAGAAAAGCUGCCACUUUGCACAUUCCAUUUGGAGUAAGACUCUUGAUCGAAGCUCCACUUCAAAUUUCAAAUCCCAACUUAUUUUUGCUCAAAUUCUUCACUAUCAUAGUGGCCAUGAAAACCCAAUUUCUUAUCUCCACUUUAGCUUCAAUGUAGCUUCAUAUACACAAAGCCAUUCCUUGAACUUACCUGAAUUUUGAUCUGGGUUUUGGUUUUUAGAGCAAAAGGUUGAAACUUUAUUGAAAUUUUGUACAGUUCAAAGUUAAAAUUUUUAUCUUUACAAUGAGGGAAGAAAACCCAUUUGAAACAAAAUCCAAAGCAACAAAAUUUGCAGAUCAAAACCAGCCACCAAAGCCUAACAACACGAAAGGGAAUAGCAAUAAUGCUUCAAAGCUUCGAUCUUCAUGGGGUUCACAUAUUGUUAAAGGCUUUACAGCAGAUAAAAAGACCAAAGCACAUACUACAGCAGUUACCAGCAAGAAACUUCCAUUAACAAACACAGAAGCCACAACAACCCAAAAGAACCCUUUUGUUCCAUCUCACUCUCGUGUCAAAAGAUCGCUAAUCGGCGAUUUAGCUUGCUCAGUAGCAGCAACUCAAGUUCAUCCACAAACAUAUCAGACUAAUCACAGAAGACAAUCUUCAGGUUCAAGGGAUUUGUUUCUUGAAUUAGAACAUUUAAGAAAUUUGCUUCAAGAAUCUAAAGAACGAGAGUUUAAGCUACAAGCAGAAGUAACAGAGCUUACAAGGAAUGGAAUGUUUUUGGGUCUUGAAAAGGAGCUUGAAGAAAAGAAAAAUGAGGUGGAUAAGCUUUUACAAAAAAUUGGAGUUUUGGAGACAGAGAAAAAAACCCUAUGCGAACAAGUGGCAGAGAUGUGUUUGGUUUCAGAGAAAAAGCAUGUAAAGAUAUUGAAAAGAGAAGGAAAUGAGAGUUCAAUUGGUAAUUUGGAAAUGGAAGUUGUGGAAUUAAGAAGAUUGAAUAAGGAGUUGCAGAUGGAGAAGAGGAAUCUUUCUUGUAAGCUAUCUUCUCUGGAGACUCAAUUGGCUUCUCUUGCAAAGGCUUCUGAGAGUGACAUUGUAGCAAAAAUUAAAGCCGAGGCAUCUUCACUAAGACUAACAAAUGAAGAUUUAUGUAAACAAGUUGAGGCUCUGCAGAUGAGUAGGUUAAAUGAGGUUGAAGAGCUUGCUUACCUGAGAUGGGUUAAUUCAUGUUUGAGAGAUGAAUUGCGCAGUUCAUGCUCAACAAAUUCUGACAAGGCCUUAGGCCUGAAUUCAGGAGAGAGGAGUAAUGAAUCCUUUAGUUCAUUCUCUUGCAAAAGUAAUGAAUGCUUAGAAUAUGAUAGUGUAAAGAGAUUCAAUUUGAUUAAGAAGUUAAAGAAAUGGCCUAUUACCGAUGAAGAUUUGCCAAACUCAGAGUGUAAUGAUAAAAUUUGGAUACAUUCAGAGGAAGGGCGAAGUCCAAGAAGAAGACACUCAAUAAGUGGAUCAAAAUUUAGUGUAGAAGAGUUGGUGUCAAGUAAGAGAAGGCAAUCUGAUGGUUUCAUGUGUGGAAAAGAAGUUGAAAAGGAAGCUGAGCAAGUAACCUGUCAAAAAUAUGAUUUGGAUAUUGAUCAAAGUCCUCAAAUCUUUGGAAACUGCAUAGAGAUUAAUAAGAUAGUGUCAUCAUUUGAUGUUGAGAAGAGGGCUUUGCGAGUUCCAAAUCCCCCUCCAAGGCCCUCAUGUUCUAUUUCAAGUGGACCUAAAGAGGAAGGUUCAGCAAAAGUUCUACCUCCACCGCCUCCACCACCACCUCCACCUCCCCCACCACCUCCUCCAAAGUUUUCAGUGAGAAGCACUAGUGCAGCAGGAGUGGUGCAGCGGGCACCUCAAGUUGUUGAAUUUUACCAUUCCCUCAUGAAGAGGGACUCUAGAAAGGAGUCUUCAAAUGGAGGAAUAUGUGAUGCCUCAGAAGUUGCAAAUGUUCGUAGCAGCAUGAUUGGCGAAAUUGAAAAUCGAUCAUCACAUUUACUUGCGAUAAAAGCAGACGUUGAGACACAAGGAGAAUUUGUCAAUUCACUGAUAAGAGAGGUCAAUAAUGCUGUUUACCAAAACAUUGAAGAUGUUGUGGCAUUUGUAAAGUGGCUUGAUGAUGAACUUGGCUUUCUAGUUGAUGAAAGGGCAGUCCUAAAGCACUUCGAAUGGCCAGAAAAGAAAGCUGAUACAUUGCGAGAAGCAGCAUUUGGUUAUAGAGAUUUGAAGAAGUUAGAGUCAGAAGUGUCUUAUUACAAGGAUGAUCCCCGAAUGCCUUGUGACAUUGCAUUAAAGAAAAUGGUUACUCUAUCAGAGAAGAUGGAACGUACUUUAUACAAUCUUCUACGAACGAGAGAACCCUUGAUGCGUAAUUGCAAAGAAUUCCAAAUUCCAACAGAAUGGAUGCUUGAUAAUGGCAUUAUUACCAAGAUAAAGUUUGGUUCAGUGAAAUUGGCAAAGAAGUACAUGAAGAGGGUAGCUAUGGAAAUUCAGUCAAAAGCAGCAAUAGAAAAGGACCCAGCCCUUGACUAUAUGCUACUUCAAGGAGUUAGGUUUGCUUUCAGAAUUCAUCAGUUUGCAGGAGGAUUUGAUGCAGAAACAAUGCAUGCAUUUGAGGAACUUAGAAACCUUGCUCACCUUCUCAACAAAAAGUAAAGAAAAGAAAAGGAACAAUUUGAGUUUACCAUCUCAGUAAGCUAAGCAUAUCACACUUGAACAUAUCUGUUAUAUAUUGGAGUGGUUUUGAGAAGUUUGGUGUCUGUGUGUGAGUGUGUAAUGGGAAGCAAUUUUGUUUAGAGUUCUUGCUCACUCCUUAAUAACACGUGAAAAUUUAAUGAGAAUGCCACUAAAUCUUUUUGAUACUCA